GCGCUACGUGGCAUGCGCAUGCGCACAUGACAUCAGCCAAACAAGAUGGCGGAAAGUGAAGGUUGUUUUUCCAGAAUGGGAAUCUUUAUGAAAAUAUUAUAUAUUUGCUUAAUAUGGCUGUUGAUGUGUCAGUACUCAAUGGCAUUUUAUCUACCCGGGAUAGCUCCGAUAGACUACGAAAAAGGCCAAAAAUUAGAAGUCAAGGCCGUGAAGAUGACUAGUGUCAAAACACAGCUUCCAUAUGAAUACUACACCUUACCUUUCUGUAAACCACAAAAACUAGACUUUAAACCAGAGAAUCUAGGAGAAGUUCUUCGAGGAGAUAGAAUCGUUAAUACGCCAUAUGAGGUUGCAAUGAAUGUGAAUAAAAAAUGCACAGUGCUGUGCGAGCCCAUAGAACUAACGGAUGAAAUGGUGGAUACCCUUACUAAAAGAAUAGAAAAAGAGUACUUUAUUCACAUGGUUCUUGAUAAUCUUCCUGCUGCUACUAAGUUAUAUAUAUUGAAUAAUGGCGAGACUCAUUAUGACCAUGGAUACAGGCUCGGCUUUAUCUUGGAUGACAAGAAAGUUCUUAUCAACAAUCAUCUGAAAAUGAUCUUCAAAUAUCAUACAUAUGAUAACAUAACUUAUAGAGUUGUUGGUUUUGAAGUGCAACCAAGAAGUUAUGAAUUUAAUUCUUUGGACAUCGACAAAAAUACCUGUUCUCUGAAGUCUGAGACUCCUGCUGGCCAAGAAAUCAAAAAGAAUGCUAAAGUACGUUUCACCUAUGAAGUGGAAUGGCAGUCAAGUAACAUAGUAUGGGCCUCCAGAUGGGAUACCUACCUUGCCAUGAGUGAUGUACAAAUACAUUGGUUCUCUAUUGUCAAUUCAGUGGUGAUUGUGCUGUUUUUAUCAGGUAUUGUGGCGAUGAUUAUGAUCAGGACACUGCGAAGUGACAUUGCUCGCUACAAUAAAGAAGAUGACUAUGAAGACACAGUUGAAGAGACAGGAUGGAAGCUUGUUCAUGGUGAUGUUUUCAGACCUCCUCAAAAACCCUGGCUAUUGACUGCCUUUAUUGGGUCUGGUGUACAAAUAUUUUGCAUGGUAUUGAUUACUCUAGUGUUUGCAAUGCUGGGAAUGCUGUCGCCAGCUAGUCGUGGAAGCCUGGUACAAGCUAUUAUUCUACUUUAUGUUUUCAUGGGUGUGUUUGCUGGCUAUCAUGCUGGUCGACUUUACAAGACUUUGAAGGGUGUAAACUGGAAGAAGUCAACAGUAGUGACUGCAGCACUUUAUCCUGGCUUUGUGUCAGCCAUCUGCUUUUUCCUCAACUUCUUUAUUUGGGGAAAGCAUUCCUCUGGAGCUGUUCCAUUCACCACCAUGAUUGCUCUAUUGUGUUUAUGGGUUGGAGUUUCUCUACCGUUAGUGUUUUUAGGAUACUACUUUGGCUAUCGUAAAUAUCCAUAUGAACAUCCAGUACGAACAAACCAGAUCCCAAGACAAGURCCUGAACAGAUGUGGUACAUGAAAAAGUUUGUUGGGUCUCUAGUAACCUUGAUUCAAGGGUUUUUGUCCAUGUUCUCUGUGUACCUGUGGUUUAAUCACAAUCAUGUUCUUAUUGUUUUAUUUCAGGCUAUCUGGGAGAAUCAGUUUUAUUAUUUGUUUGGUUUUCUCUUCCUUGUCUUUGUUAUACUGGCCAUUUGUGUGUCACAGAUCUCCAUAGUAAUAACCUACUUCCAGUUGGUGUCAGAGGAUUAUCAUUGGUGGUGGAAGUCUUUUCUGAUGUCAGGCUCCUGUUCUUUUUAUGUUUUCCUUUAUGCUGUAUUCUAUUUUGUUACCAAGCUUCAAAUCGUAGAUUUCAUUCCUGCCCUGUUGUACUUUGGUUACACCCUCAUCAUGGUGUUCUCCUUCUGGCUGCUCACUGGCACUAUUGGCUUUUAUUCAACAUACUUCUUUGUGAGACACAUUUACUCUGCUGUCAAGAUUGACUAAUAUUUGUAGGAAGACACCUUGGUUUUAUCACUGGCAAAGACAAGGGGAUGUGGAAAUAUUUACCAUGUUAUGAUUGAAGGUUUAAUGAUUGGUCAUAAAUACUGAGGAGAAAUGGAAAGAGAAAAAUAAGUUUUAGGGGCAUGAGAAAUGUGAGCGCCUAAAAACACUGCCUUAAAGUCUGAUUGCAUUUCAUAAAACUGUUAAAGAGCAUGACUGUACAGUCAUGGUGCAAAAUUCACAACAUUAAUUUUAGUGAAUCAGUUAGGAACUUGUACAUAGAGGUCACAUGACUUUACUCUCCUCGAACCAAGUGAUAAUAUCAAAAUGGACCCAGAAAUGAAAAGAGCAUCCCACAAUUGUUAGGAUUAAAACAAAAGAUUAUUUUCAUGUAACUUAAUAGUGAUAUGUAAUGAUAAAAAGGUAAAUUUUACACCAUGAAAAGAUGAAAAAACUGUCGUUUUGGACACUAGUCCUUCCUUUACUGUGACAAAACAUCAGGACUAGUGUCCAAAACAUCAAUAAGUUUUUUAAUCUUUUCACGGUGUAAAAUUUACCUUUUUAUCAUUACUGUUUCAUAGAAACACCAACACAGCUCACACUAGUUUUUAGCUACAUGUAGUUAUCUCUUAAUAGUAAUAUGGGGCAAUUGGAUUUUAUACCUACCAUGGCCAACGCCUUCCUAAAAAAGAAAAAGAGCAAUAGAAUAUAACAAAAAAAUCUCUUAAAUCAUGAAACCUCAAAAUUAGGAAUUAGGUAGGAGUAUUAGGGAAGUGCCCAUUCAUAUAUAUUAAAAUCUUAUUUGAAAAACUGUGUUAGGUCAUAAGUACUUAUCAUCAUUUCAUUUUGAUACAAGUGCUUGGUUUGAGGGGAGGGAUGGGGUGGGGUCACAUACACAUACAACAUAGUCACACUACAGUUCAUGAGACUACUAUGCAUCUAUUUCAAGAAACGUUUUAGAAGGUGCUGUCACACUCAUGGUCACAGCAUUGCUUUUUCAUAUACCAAUGGGUUUCUCGGUGACAUGAAAUUUUCUCUAAUAGUUCUUAGUAGUUAAUUACAAUAGUAUUGCCUAUGUGUUACCUUCAUUACAGUAGUUCAUAGUUAAGCUAACUUCAUACACUGUAGCUUCACCUAUGCAUUUGGCUAAGGCCAACUUCAGUAGGCCAAUCAGAUACCCUUCUUUCAUCUGGUUAUAAACUAAUAUUAGAGCAGAGUAAUUCAGUUCACAAAGGAGGAUUGUUCAUGAUUGAUAUCCCUACUUCUCCCCCCAUGAUUAUUUAUGGCACGUCUUGUAUCAGACAUGGGAUAUGGUAAUGAAAGCAAGGUAAAUGGAAGCAAGGCUAKUUUAGCAGAACCACAGUCGCAUCACACCUGAGUCCUUCAGUUUAAUUCCUAGACCUGGCAUCUAAUAAUUAUAAACAGAGUUUGGGUUUCUUGUGUGAAGGUUUUUCUCCAGAUUCUUCAGAGUAUUUCUUCCUCUGAAUAAUCUAACAUGCUUAGUUGCAAUCGCUAACCCAGAUGUUGUUUCAGGGUUCAAUCCCCUGUGACUUAUAGCCAUUAUAAUGACUUUCUUUUGUUCAUUUAAUUAGCAACAAUUGUCUUACUAUUCUCACGAGGGAAUACAAAUAUAAAUAAGAAAGAAAAUUUGCUAAGCAUCUUGUUAUUGGGAGGCAAAUGAUUCCAUCAUGCAAAUGCCCUAUUGUGAUCUCAUACUAAGGUCAAACAGAGAAACUUAUAACAAGCUGAGCCUAAUUCAUGGUACUGUGUCAUCUUUUUCACAGCACUCAUAUCAUAUUUUAAAUAAAUUGAAGUAAAAUAUUUAAAUAUGAUUAUAUCUACUUUUAAAAUUUCUUUCCAAUUUCCUUUGUCCUGCAUUAAUCUUAACAGGAUAUAUUAAUAACAUUAAUUUGGUAAAUAUUUAUAAGUCUUAAUUUACAUGUAAAAAAUUAAAGUCUAAGCUUAAGUGUUGUUGCAAUACAUACGGGUGGCUUUUUGAAACUUAUUUUGUGAGUAGCUUGUUUGGGUCACAUCAAAGGUACUAACUAGGACAGAUGGAUAGGGUUAUAUUAUAUAUUUAUAUAUUUUACAACUAUCACUUCCCUUAUGGUAGUAACUGUUCCCUGAGGUUAAUUUACUCCACAAACAAUACCACCACAUUCUAUUUUACAACAUAUAACUCUGAACUAACAUGUUCAUUUUUACGGAGGGAGGAAACUGAAGAUUCUGGAAAAAACCAUUGUGGCAAGUGAGAUAAUAGUCUCUUUUGCAGGCACUCUUAAGUGUCGGUCCGAGGGAAGCGUUUCGGACCAACACUACUAAGAAUGGCUGCUGAGGAGACAGUCAGGGAGAGAACAACACAUCAAACAAACCCAAAUCAAAUUUAUUAUGUUGCAGUCUGAGCUGGGGCUCAAACCCGGACCACAGCAGUGGGAUGCAAGUGGUAAACUACUACACCACCCACUAUAUAUUUUCGAUUCAGUUGUUCAUAGAUACCAAGGUAAAAAUGGGAUAGCUUGCAGUCUAAUGUUGUGCUGGCUAGUGGAAUUUUCUGGUCAUAAACAUCCUCUACUACCAACAGUCUAUCUGUUUUGAGGAGUUGUCCAGAAUAUUUACUGCUGUACUAUCUGUGCCAAGUAGUGCCGUUGCUUUGUUAGCGAUUAACCCCCUUGAAUAAGUUAAUAACAUUUACCUUUCAUUAUGAUUGACUAAGAUGCAAGUGGGAAUACUAGUAGUCUUUUCUUAUAGAAAUAAUAUUAUAAUAAUAAAAUCUGCAGAAUAGUGA